UGUCUCUUGGAGAGAGAGAGAGAGAGAGGAGAGAUUCCUGAGUUCAGAGCUUGGGUCUCCCAUUUCUGUUAGCGAGAACGGCCUCGUCUCUGGCUGGCUUGAUCUGCCUUUUUGCGCGACAAUGAGGCUGGCGGCCGAGAGUUCUGAAGUUGUGGAAUGCAGUGGCGGCGAGAGCACCGCGGCCGCCGGAGAAGACGGCUGCGCUGUGGUGGUGGUUGGUGUGAAGGUGGACUCUCGGAGUAAAGAGCUUCUGACUUGGGCGCUUGUGAAGGUGGCGCAGACUGGCGAUCGCGUCAUUGCUCUGCACGUCCUCAAUCCCAACGUCGAGAAAUCGGAUUUGCUUUCGCUGGUGAAGACUUUUGAUUCCAUGCUGGCUGCUUAUGAAGGUUUCUGCAACCUAAAGCAGGUGGAUUUAAAGCUCAAGGUCUGUAAAGGCUCUCCAACUCACAAAAUCAUUCUCCGAGAAGCAAAAUCAUGUGGAGCAACGAGUUUAAUUGUUGGCACUUCAGGAGUUGAUCACAAAGUUAGAUCAAGGACCUCAGUUGCCAAGUAUUGUGCCAAGAAUCUUCAAAAGAAUGCAUCGGUUAUAUGUGUCAACAAUGGCAAGAUUGUUUUUGCAACAGAAUCAAAUGCUUCCUGCCUCUUGUUGCUUGGAGGUGCUGAUGUCCAGCGACCAAGAUCAAGGAAGAAGAAAUUGUCCAAACGCCCUCUGAGUCUUCCGCCCCAGAGACUUUUAACAUCAUCUAGCGAUGAAAGGGAGAAUGUUUCCAUGGCGCUGGUACCUGUAAAAACCCGAGAAAUGCCUGAAUCAAAGACAGGUUGGGCAGUAUUACGAAAGUCAUUUUUUAACGGGCUGAAACUACCCGAAUCUCCAUCUAGUAAGAAGUCAUCCGUUAUACGAUGGAUAUUGAGAUUACCGACACGACAAUCUGAUGCAGCUAUUUAUCCUGAUCAGAAACAGACUAGUACAUCUGAUACAUCUGAAUGUCUUACAAAUUUGGACUCAGAUGAGGGAGCUAUUGUACUGUACUCAGUUGAUAAUGAAUCUAAUCUUUAUUCAUCUAAAACCUUCUCGGUAGGACUUAAUGCUCUUACAGAGAAGUACUCAGCUACAUGCCAACUGUUUAGCUACCAGGAGCUCUUGUUAGCUACGGAUAACUUCAUACCUGAAAAUUUGAUUGGAAAGGGUGGAAGCAGCAGGGUUUAUCGAGGCUGUCUGCCAGGAGGCCAGGAAAUAGCUGUCAAGAUACUAAAACCAAUGGAAGAUGUGCUGAAACAAUUUGUUUCAGAAAUUGAAAUCAUUUCAUCUUUGCAUCACAAGAACAUAAUUUCUCUGGUUGGCGUCUGUUUUGAGGAGGACAAAUUGCUACUGGUUUAUAAUCUCCUUUCUAGAGGGAGCCUGGAAGACAAUCUCCACGGUUCUGAAAAGUCCAAAAACUUCUUUGAUUGGGACACGAGGUAUAAGGUUGCCUUGGGAGUUGCGGAGGCACUGGACUACCUACAUAGUUCAGCUGAACCAAUAAUUCAUAGAGACGUGAAGUCUUCCAAUAUUCUUCUUUCGGAUGAUUUUGAACCACAGCUGUCGGAUUUUGGCCUUGCAACAUGGGCUUCAAGUUGUUUACAUCAUAUGCGUACCUCAGAUGUAGCUGGCACAUUUGGAUACUUGGCUCCAGAAUAUUUUUUGAAUGGGAAGCUAGACGAGAAACUUGAUGUCUAUGCUUUUGGAGUUGUGCUUCUGGAGCUAUUAACCGGAAGAAAGCCGAUUAAUGAUGGAUCUCCUAAGGGCAAACAAAGCUUGGUAAUGUGGGCAAAAGACAUUUUAAAGGAGGGGAAAACCUCAGAACUCCAAGACCCAGAGUUAGUUGAUGCUUAUGACCAAGAACAAUUUGAUCUUAUGGUCUUAGCUGCAACCUUGUGUACCAGACACGCACCACAAUCUCGUCCUGAAAUUAGCCUCGUCCUCAAACUCCUUCAAGGUGAUCCAGCAGUGAUCGAGUGGGCUAGGCAGGAAACCAAGACUUGUGAGGACUUGAAUAUAAUCUAUAACGAACAAUCAGCUACAGUGAUCCAGUCCUUCAUUAACCUCGCACUACUUAAUUUAGAAGAUGAUUGCGCCUCUACUAGCAGCACCGAGCUGAACAUAUCGGUGGAGGAUUAUUUAGGGGGUAGAUGGAGCCGUUCAUCAAGCUUUGAUUGAAAAGGUAGGGCAUAAUGGGUUGAGCCGAGUGUGUACAUAGUUAUAGAGAGGCUUCAUUUGUUGUGUAUGGCGAGGUAUUGGACGAGAGGAUCCCCGAUGCUUUUUAACCUCCUCCUUGCCUAAUUUUUUCUAGCCAAAUAGAGUGUUGGUCUACAUUUCAUAAUUGGCAGCGCAAAAGAUUGCCAAACCAUUGCAGUUUAUGGGCACAAAUGCAUUGAAUUCCCACAGCUACUACUUACCAAGUAAAUCGUGCUUAGGCGAGAAAUAAUUGUCUACUACUUUUUAAAUUUUAGGAUUUGUUAUUGAUACUUACUCUUUAGUUGGGAAUUAAUUAGGGCGAAUGCUAUUUCUCUGGUGGUAAGAUCGUCCUUUUGUGGACCAUAUUUUGGUUGGGGUUUGUGGAAUCUGAUUCGGUGUUAAGAUUGUUCAAUAUGUUUGUCUUUGUCGGAUCA